AUGGGUCACGAGGAUGCUGUCUAUCUCGCCAAGCUCGCCGAGCAGGCUGAGCGCUACGAGGAGAUGGUCGAGAACAUGAAGAUCGUCGCCUCCGAGGACCGUGACCUGACCGUUGAGGAGCGCAACCUUCUCUCUGUCGCCUACAAGAACGUCAUUGGUGCCCGCCGUGCCUCUUGGAGAAUCGUUACCUCCAUUGAGCAGAAGGAGGAGAGCAAGGGUAACUCGUCGCAGGUUGGCCUGAUCAAGGAGUACCGCCAGAAGAUCGAGGCUGAGCUCGCCCGUAUCUGCGACGACAUCCUUGAGGUCCUCGACCAGCACCUCAUUCCCUCCGCCAAGUCUGGCGAGUCCAAGGUCUUCUACCACAAGAUGAAGGGUGACUACCACCGAUACCUUGCCGAGUUCGCCAUUGGCGACCGCCGCAAGGAGUCUGCCGACAAGUCUCUCGAGGCCUACAAGGCUGCUACUGAGGUUGCCCAGACUGAGCUUCCUCCCACUCACCCCAUCCGUCUGGGUCUCGCCCUCAACUUCUCCGUUUUCUACUAUGAGAUCCUGAACGCACCCGACCAGGCUUGCCACCUCGCCAAGCAGGCCUUCGAUGAUGCUAUUGCUGAGCUUGACACUUUGAGCGAGGAGAGCUACAAGGACUCGACUCUGAUCAUGCAGCUGCUGCGCGACAACCUGACUCUCUGGACUUCAUCUGAGGCUGAGGCCCCCGCUGAGUCGGGUGCUGCCGCCGCACAAGAACCUGAGAAGGCUGCCGAGGCACCGGCCGAGGAGACCAAGGCUGCGGAGUAA